AUGAGCUGUAUUGCUGAGAUCGGUAUCGCUGCAAUUGCUGAAAAAAUUGCUGAUUGCACGGUUGGAGCGAUUGGUCGUCAGUUGGGUUAUAUCUUCCAAUACAAAAGCAACAUAAGCAACCUGAAAACAGAAACUCACAAUUUGGGUCUUGAAGAAGAGAAGAUGAAGGAGUUGGUGGAUGCUGCCAUAAGAAAAGGUCAUGCAAUUUUUGAAAUUACCAAGAACUGGCAAAAGGAUGCAGAAGAGAUAAGUAAACAAGCCAAAGAGAUUUUAGAAGAUGAAAACCGUGCAAAUACAGGGUGCUGUACUUUCAAAGGGUUGUUGCUUCUGAAUUUGGUGCCACGGUAUCGACUAAGUAAGAAAGCCAAGAAGAUGUGCGUGUCUGUUGUUAAAAUCAAAGGCAAGGUCAACUGUGAAAAGAUUUCUUACCGUCCGCAUCUCCAAAAUGAUUUUACAAACAAAGAUUACAUAAACUUCGACUCAAGAAAUGAAACUGUGGAUGAAAUAUUGGAGGCGUUGGGAGAUGGCAACACUAGAAUGAUUGGGGUGCAUGGCAUGCCAGGUGCAGGCAAAACCACGCUUGUUAAAGAAGUUUCAACAAGGGCCUUGGAGAUGAAAUUGUUCACUGAAGCGGUUCUGGUUCCUGUUUCAAAUACUCCAGAUGUCAAAAACAUUCAAAAAGCAAUUGCAGAAAGGCUAGAUCUACAACUUGAUAAGGAAACCAUACCUGAAAGAGCACUUCUGCUGCGAAAUAGAUUGCCGCAGGAAAAGAUGUUGUUGAUAAUUCUAGAUGAUGUUUGGAAAGAACUCAACCUUAAAGAUGUUGGAAUAGUUUUUGACGGUGAUCAGAUAGGAUGUAAGAUAUUGUUUACGUCAAGAUUCGAACGAGUGUUGCUAACUGAUAUGGGUGUUGAUAAGAUUUUCAAAGUUGGACUUCUAGAGGAGGCUGAAGCAUUGAACUGGUUCAGGGCUUUAGUGGCUCAAACGGUUGAAAAGUUCUCAGAAUGUGAAGAUCUGGUAAAUGAUAUUGUUGAAGAAUGUGCACGUCUUCCAAUUACCAUCGAAACAAUUGCAUGUGCAUUGAAAGAUCAAAGACGGUAUUUUUGGCAGGAUGUCUUGAACCAACUCAAGAACUCAAACCUAUCAGAUAUCAAUAGUGAAUGA